AUGGGUUUCCUUGGGUGGCUCCAAUCAUGGCAGAAACGGGCUUCAGCUAGCAAUCAACCUCAAAACAGAAGAGAACCAACAUCUCAGCCACAAAAAGGACCGAGGCCUCAACCAAAGAAAGAGCCGACAUAUCGCGUACGAGGUGUGCCGAAUGACUGGGAUAGAGACAAGCUAGAGUCAUUUUUGGUGGAAAGAGAUGGCCCUGCUGGACCGGUGGUACAAUCCUUAGCCAAGGAGUUUCAUGGGUGCUCUCAAACGGCCACAGUCCUUUUUCGAAACACCUGCCAGCUCCCAUUGAGGAUCUCUCUGCCCGAACCUUCUGGCCAAUUUGGUGAGCUUCGUAACCUGGCGCUUGACCAUGCCUUUCUCGGUAUUACCACGCUCUUCGCUCCCCCGCAGCAGGAUCAUAAAGUUGACAUCAUCGCCAUCUGUGGCCUUGGCGGACACGCAUUUGGGUCAUUUAAAGAGCGGGGUGGAGAGCACAUGUGGCUAAGAGACGCACUCCCGCAUGGUAUCACUGCUGAAAGUGGCCAGCGUAUUGCACGCAUUAUGGUGUACGGCUACGAGUCAAAUAUUCCAGACAGCGAUAGCUUUCAGAAUCUGGAGGAUCUCGGGACAGCUCUCCAUUCCGACCUUCGAACCCUCGUAUUUGAUGGUUCGUUCAAACCGAUCGUAUUCAUCGCCCACAGUCUGGGCGGAUUGGUCGUCAAACAGUUCCUUAUAUCGUUGUCUGAGUCAAAGGAUGAAGUGGACCAAAAAUUAGGCUGCGCGGUUUACGGUCUUUCCUUUUUUGGUGUCCCACAUGACGGCAUGGACAUUCGUUCGCUCAUCCCCAUGGCUGGUGAUGGACCAAAUAGAUUUCUGCUAGAAUCUAUUGGAUCCAACAAUUCGCAGAUCCUCAGCAUCCAGCAUCGUGAGUUUUCAAAGGCUCUAGGGGGCCAAGGCCAGUCUGAGAUUGUUUCAUUUUACGAAACCCGCUUAUCGCGAACCGCAUUAAAAGAUGAAAUGGGCAGAUGGAGAAUGUCAGGAGAGCUGGCCGUCCUAGUAACGAGGGCAUCCGCCACGCAUUGCCGAAAUUGGGAGAACGGACCGGAACAUAUCUGCGCCAUCAAUCGCACACACUCAGAAAUGGUCAAGUUUGCGGAGGAAGACCCUGAGUAUGAUAAAGUCCUCGGGCGAAUAAAAACACUCGCCCUACGUGCGAUUACAGUACGCAGGAGCCUAUUACAGCGAACUUUGUCACAGGGUGAACAGAACUGCCUACAAUCACUAGCCUUUGAGCAGAUGCAGGACCGUGGCAACGACAUUGAUCAUGCCAUCCAAGGGACAUGCGAGUGGCUGCUGAAACACGACACGUAUAUGAAGUGGGCCACAUCCCAUGAAUGUUUACUUUGGAUCAAAGGAAAACCAGGCGCGGGGAAAUCUACGUUGCUCAAGUACGCCGUUAGUAAACAACGAGAUAUACCCAGUGCAAAAGACGAUGAUGUCGUGCUGUCUUUCUUUUUCCAUGGCCGUGGUAAUGCAAUUCAAAAAACUCCUCUUGGCUUCUUAAGAUCUAUACUUCAUCAAGCCCUUGAGAAGGCCCCUGAAGCCUUCCCAGAUCUCGUCGAUACCUAUCAGCAGAGGUGCAAGGUGAUGGGUAAUCCUCCUGAGAAUUGGCAGUGGCAUCCGGAAGAACUUUGGCGUUUCUUUGAAUUAUCUCUUCCACAGAUCUUAGCGAAUCGCUCAAUAUGGUUGUUUGUCGAUGCGCUAGAUGAAUGUGGUGAGGAUGAUGCAAGAAACCUCGUCCAGAGGUUCAAGGCUUUGCUCAAGAGAAUAUCGCGGCUUCCGUCUUGGAUCCAUUUCCGUGUUUGCUUCAGCUGUCGUCAUUAUCCAAUACUAAGCUCUCGGGAUCUGCUUGAGGUGUGCCUUGAGAUGGAAAACGAAAGCGACAUUUCCACUUACGUGAAAUCCACACUCAAGCUAACAUCCUUCGAGGAGCCGACACGAUUUAAGAUUCGAGAUCUGAUAAUAUCUCGUGCUUCAGGUGUUUUCUUGUGGACACAACUAGUAGUGAAAAAAGUUCAGGGCCUGGAGCUGGAUGGUGAUGGGCCAAAUAAAAUCGAGGCGACUAUUCGUUCUACUCCCGAAGGCCUCCAUGAGCUAUAUAAAGAGCUCAUAAAGGGCAUGACGUCAUCCUCUUUGAGACUGAUCCAAUGGGUAUGCUUCGCAGCGCGGCCUUUGUCCACGGAAGAGCUGCGAUGGGCGAUGGUCAUCGACGUCAGAUGUCCAUCGUUGCAAGAGUGUCAAAAAGCAUAUGACUACAUACCUGACAGCAAACGAAUGGAUCAACAAGUUAUCAAGCUCAGUCGAGGACUUGCUACAGUUGUUCCUGGAUUUAAUAUGCAGGUUGUCCAGUUCAUUCAUCAGUCCGUUAAAGACUUUUUCAUGGAUAAGGGCCUGGUAACCCUAGACAACAGCUUAACAUCAACCGAUGAGGCAAUCGGAAUGGCACAGUUCCAACUUUUGAAGACUUGCAUACUCUACAUGAAGAUGGAGGAAAUUAGCCAAUCAACAAGCCAUGGAAGUGGACUAAAGGCUGAAUUACCAUUUUUGCACUAUGCCGUGACUUCAUGGGUUUCACACUUGCAAAAAUGCGAUGCCAUCAAAUUUUCUCCGAAGAAUAUCCUAGAAUUACUUUCAUGGCCCUCAAAUGUCAUCCUCGACCUGUGGGUGCGUCUUUUUAUACAACUCGGCCGUCCUUCCGGUCCUACUCCAGUAGCAAAGACCACUCUUAUACACAUUGCGGCGGAGUAUCGCCUGGUAGGAGUGUUGGCAGCCAUUCUAGAAAAUAACGGUCAAACUUAUAUAAACAUCAACUCAAAAGAUAAACAUGGCAAGACGCCGCUGUCAUGGGCCGCGCAAAAGGGGAACGUGGCGGUAGUCAAGACCUUGCUUGACACAGGCCAGGCUGAGAUCAAUUCGACAGAUAUAGAAGGCCAGACGCCGCUGUCGAGGGCCACGCGGAAGGGGAACGUGGCAGUAAUUAAAACCUUGCUUGACACAGGCCAGGUUAAGAUCGAUUCGACAGAUUAUGGUGGCCGGACGCCGCUGUCAUGGGCUGCGGAGUACGGGAAUGAGGCCACAGUCAAUAUCUUACUUAACACAGGCCAGGUUAAGGUCAAUUCAGAAGAUUGUGGUGGCAUGACGCCGUUGUCGUGGGCUGCGUACGCCGGACGCGAAGCCGUGGUUAAGAUCUUGCUUAAAGCAGGAGCUGAGGUUAAUUUAAAAUCUCAAGGUAAUAGAUCUCCACUUUCGUGGGCUGCGCAGAAAGGACAAGAAGCUGUGGUUAAGCUAUUGCUUAAUAUGGGAGCUGAGGUCGAUCAAAAAGAUAAAUAUAACUGGACGCCGUUAUUAUGGGCUGCGAAGGAAGGGCAUGAGGCUGCGGUUACUACCUUGCUUAGCCUAGGUCAGGCUAAGGUUAAUUUAACAGAUCAAAAGGGCCGGACACCACUUUCAUGCGCUGCAAAGGGAGGGCACGAGGCUGUGGUUACUGCCUUGCUUAGCCUAGGUCAGGCUAAUGUUGAUAUAAAGGAUCAAAAGGGCCGGACGCCACUGUGGCGAGCUGCAAAGAAAGGGCGCGAGGCUACAGUCAAGCUGCUGCUUAAUUCAGGAGCUCAAGUCGAUUUAAAAGAUCACUUUAACCGGACGCCGUUAAUGUGGGCUGCAUAUUGUGGAUAUGACGCUGUGGUCAAGCUAUUGCUUGAUGCAGGAACUGAGGUUGAUUCAAAAGAUAAAUUUAACCAGACGUCGCUAGUGUGGGCUGCAGAGAACGGGCACGAGGCUGUGGUCAAGCUGCUGCUUGAUUCAGGAGCCGAGAUUGAUUUCAUAGGUUCAAGAAAUCAGACGCCGUUAAUGUGGGCUGCACGGGGAGGGCAUGACGCUGUGGUCAAGCUGUUGCUUGAUAAAGGAGCUGAGGUCGAUUCAAAAAAUGUUGAUGGCCAGACGCCACUGUCGUGGGCUGCACAGCACGGGCAUGCAAUCGUGGCUAAUAUUUUGCUUAAUGCAGGAGCUGAGGUUGAUUUAAAAGAUAAAACUGGCCGAACUCCAUUAUCGCAGAUGGCACAGGUUGGACAGUAUAGCAAUGAGGCUGCGAUUACUAUCUUGCUUAAUGCAGGAGCUAAGGUUGAUUCAAAAGAUCAAACUAACCGGACGCCAUUAUCAUGGGCUGCGGAGUUACACCAUAAGGCUAUGGUUAAGCUACUGCUUAAUGCAGGAGCUGAAGUAGAUUUAAAAGAUCAAAGUGGUCGGACGCCGCUGUCGUGGGCUACGGGGUGGUGGGGCGAGGCCACAGUUACACUAUUACUUGAUAUGGGGGCCGACGUAAACUCAAAAGACAGAAAUGGCCAGACGCCGCUGUGGCGGGCUGUAAGGAGCAGGAGCGAAACGAUGGUUGAGCUAUUGUUGGAUAGAGGGGAGGUUGACUUGAGUGAUGAUAACGGCCAAAAACUGCUCUCGUGGGCUGCGGAAAACGGGUGCGAAGCUGUUGUCAGGCUACUCCAAGCUUGUAUCCCAUCUCCGUUCUAG